AUGUUCGAACGCAGUCCAGAGAUGGAGAAAUCGCUUGAGAAGUUCAAGGAAGCUGUCAAGCACAUGCUGGUGGGUGCCAGCAUGGCUGGCGCUACAGGAGCUACAGUAGGCGCAGUAUUGGCGGCGUUACGCAAUGAGAAUAUUAAAUUUUAUGCUGCAUCCAUGGGCUCGAAUUUUUUCUUACUUUCUUCGACAUACAUCGCUUUUGAGGAGGUGAUCACGGACAAACGAGGUGGAAAGAAGGAUUGGAUUACUGGUGCUACCGCUGGCACAAUUACUGGUGGAUUUUACGCCGGUUUGAUCGGCGGUCGGUUUCGUGGUAUACAGGGUGCCGUUGCCGGCGCUGCAGUAGGAUCCGCCGUCAUUUUUGGUCGCGAGAAGUUUUCUAAGUGGCGCUUGAGUAAGGGCGUGAAACGGUACGAGGCCAAGUACGGCAAGGCUCCUGCUGUAUAUCACCCGACCACUGCUGUGCUUGUGGAGAGCCAAGGUCCUCCAAGAGAGCUGGCGUUUCCAUCUUUAUUGCCACAGAGCAUCAAGAUAUCGGAAAAGGAGAUUGAACGCCGUAUUGUAGCCCGUAUGGAUGAACUGCGGAAGGAAUUGCAAGAAGAAAAAGGAGAAGAAGCAGUCGAGGACAAAACGCACAAGAAGAUGAAUGUAUCCAAAGACACGGCAAAAUGA